UGGACUAUGUUUCGGUCCAAGAUAGAAAAUCCUACCGAACCCAGAUAAGGUCCACUUCGUGAUUCUAGCGCCAAACUGGGAAUUGCGUCAAUGGAGUCUCUGUCUUCUGUUCUCUCACCAACCGUGGUGAAAUUUUCUUAUCCAAUGCUUGCUUCAAUGGCUGCCUCUGCAGCUACUGCUCCUUCUUUCUCACUGAGGUCCAUGGCCUCUGGACAGCGAAGAACAGCUACUUCAAAACACUCUGCAAAACCCACUAAAACCCUCUCUGCAACAACAGCAACAAACCCAGUUUCUAGUACAACCAGCACAAGCACAGCCACAUCGCUACCUCCCAAGAAGGUUCUGGUUCCAAUUGGGUUGGGGACAGAAGAAAUGGAAGCUGUCAUUAUAGUUGAUGUUCUGCGCCGAGCUGGUGCUGAUGUCACUGUGGCCUCGGUGGAGCCACAGCUCCAAAUUGAAGCUUCUUGUGGUACUAAAUUGGUUGCUGAUACCUCCAUUUCCUCAUGUUCCGAUCAAAUUUUUGAUCUUGUGGCUUUGCCGGGAGGAAUGCCUGGCUCGGUGAGGUUAAGAGACUGCGCAGCACUGCAGAAAAUUACAAGCAAACAGGCCGAGGAAAGGAGGUUAUAUGGAGCUAUAUGUGCUGCUCCAGCAGUAACACUUCUACCAUGGGGUCUUCUAAGGAGAAGACAGACUACAUGCCACCCUGCAUUCAUGCACAAGCUUCCAACGUUCUGGGCAGUCAAAUCAAACAUUCAAGUUUCAGAAGGGCUCACAACAAGCCGUGGCCCUGGAACUUCUUAUGUGUUUGCCCUAUGCCUAGUUGAACAGCUAUUUGGGGAAUCUGUUGCCAAGGGAAUUGGAGAAUCAUUGUUGGUGUGCCUCGAUGAUGAUAACUCUAGAAAGGAAGAGUUCAACAAAGUUGAGUGGUCUUUUGAUCACAUCCCUCGCGUUCUGAUUCCAGUUGCAAAUGGUUCUGAAGAGAUUGAAGUAGUGACUAUUGUAGAUAUUCUACGACGAGCAAAGGUUGAUGUAGUAGUUGCUUCAGUUGAAAAAUCUGUGCAGAUUUUGGCAUCUCAAGGCACCAAAAUCAUUGCUGACAAAUUGAUUGGUGUUGCUGCGGAGUUAACUUAUGAUUUAAUCAUUCUUCCGGGAGGAACUGCUGGUGCUGAGCGGUUAAACAAAUCUAGGAUUCUAAAGAACCUCCUCAAAGAACAAGAACUAGCUGGAAGAAUAUACGGGGCAGUCUGUUCCUCACCGGGAAUCCUACAUAGACAAGGCUUACUGAAGGGUAAGAAAGCCACUGCUCACCCUUCCAUUGUAAGCAAGCUCACAAACGAAGUGGUAAAUGGCACCAAAGUAGUGAUUGAUGGUAAAGUGAUUACAAGCAGGGGACUUUCUACGGUCACAGACUUUGCAUUGGUUAUUGUGAGCAAACUAUUUGGUCAUGCAAGGGCAAGAAGUGUUGCAGAAGGCCUUGUUUAUGAGUACCCGAGGAGUUAAGAUGAUCUGGACUCAGAACCAAGUCCUUGCGGAUGGAAUGCAAUCUUCAUCCCUUAGCCAUGAAGAGUAGAGUAUAGACUGUCAGAUCACAUUAGCCAAUGGAAGCAGAAUCUUCAUACCAAACAGUUUUGGAAAAUGGAUUUUUGAAAGUAUUGAGUUUGUUCACGUUGUCCAUCCGUUUCUAAAGUGCUUUUCUCCCCAAACUGCACAUUGGCUGGUCCAGCUUCCGCAACAUCACGACUAACAACUUACCAUUUUUUGUAUCUGCAGAGACAGUGAACCUUCAGUAAUUGAUGCGAAAGAGAAUGCAUUUGAGAUGGAAAGGCCUGUAAAUUUUUGUUGGUUGUUACUUGUUGUAAGUUUAGGUGUUCCAGGCUUUUUAGCCACUCCGUUUAUUUUCAUGA